AUGUCUAGUUUACCACUCAAGGCCAAGGUUGCCAUCCGCGACCACUGGACAAGCGAGGAGAGCCAGCUCCAAAAGGCACUCAAGGAGCUGAAGAACAUCCUCGGCCUUGAUAUCGAUGUCGAACCAGACUGGCAACUUUUGCUGGCCGAAUUGGACACCGUCUACUCUGACAAGGGCGAUUUGGUUGCCGCCGUGGCCGGCACUGUUGAGACCUGGACCAAGGCCGCGACAGAGCUCCUCGACGACGACAAGAACGCGGACUGGACCGAGAGCCUGCUGGAGAAGCUCAAGGUGACAUAUGUCAACCUCCGUCUCUUUGUCGAGGUUUCCCGCGACGACCAGGCAUCGUCAACAUGGUCCGACGAGCGGGGCGGCUUCAUCAUUGCCCUGCCGAGACGCCAGCUCAACCACCCCGCAGAGCUCUUCCCCCUCUUCCAGGGCGAGAUCAAGGAGUGCUUCUCCGACAAGCACCACCUCCCGCCGUCAUACACCAUUUCCCCGCGGAUGUCGGGCGACGAGUGGGCCGACGUGGGGUUGGACGUGCGGGCUGGCCACCUCUCUCUGAACGACAGAGAGACCUCUGCAAAGACGACGACGGGGCCGGACAUCCUCCCCCGCGCGGAUUCUCUGCCCCGCCCCGACGAUCUGCUCAGCAAACCCCCUUAUCACCUGUUCGUGUACGCCCGCAGCGCGCACGAGAUCGAGGUGCAGUGCAGCCACAGCGGUACUCUCAAGUUCUUGUCCGAGUACUUUAAGAAGUGGCGCCGCGUGAACCACCAGCUCAGCACAAAGCCCCCCGCGGUCGAGGUCAAGCUCCACCAGUGCGCCUUUGGUCUUGGCGCCAUCAUCGACCGGCUGGUGCUGGUCGCCGAGAACAGGAGCGGCACCUUCACCGUCACGCCAACGAUCGUGCUCUCCCUCGUCGAGGGCGUCCUCGGAUACAAGCAGGUAUACGCUGACGCACACUCCUGGACGUACCGGAGGGAUGUUGAGCUCAGAUCUUUGUGA